AUAUACAUAGAUCUCCUUUAGCAUAGCAUAGCAUAGGAUGAAAAUUCAACUAGCCACCCCACAUUGUAUAAAUGAGGUUUGACGUAAACUCUUCACCAGCCAAACAAUCAUCACAAAUUUCAACCCUAUUAUUUGCUUAAACUGGGUCCCAACAUUGAAGCUAAACAUGUUACACAUUACAUAUAACAUACAUGCUGACAAGAAACAAUACCCCACUUACUAGAAUAAUCUCCAUAUUCAUCCUAUAACACAUCAUCUCAACAACUUCACAUUAUCACAUUUUUCACUUUUCAACUUAGCUUAGAGCAAGAGGUAUCAAAUUGGGUCAUCAAAGUUCAUUCAAUAAAUAGCAGGGUUGGUUUUAUCAUGCUCCAAAAUUGUCCGAUAUGGAGCCAGAGUACACAGGAGGAUCAGCAUGUUGCUUUUGCUUCUCCACCACCACCAAGAAGAGCGUUCCAAGAAACGGUAAAAGCAGAGAAGUGUUGAGUUCAGAGCACGUUGAAUGGGGAAAGAAGGAUGAAAUACUCUCUGACAUGAGCACCUUUUCGGUGAAAGAACAAGAGAAGAGGCUGAAGAAAGCGUUGGAAGAGGAAGAGAGGGUAAGCAUGGAAGCCGAGAGGGUUGUCCAAUGGGUGAAGCAGGAAUCAGCAAGAAUCGAUGUUUCUAUGAUCAAAUCAAUUCUCAAAGACGAUGAAAAAGAAGCAAAGGUUAAGUAAUAUAUAUAUAUUAGUGAGUUUCUUGAUUAAUUUCUGUUGUUUUCUCUUAAAGUUUCUUAGCCUAAGUUCUUAUUGCUACAAAUUCAAAAGUGUAUAGACAAUAAACAUUCUCUCUCAGAAAUAACCAAGUUCUUUUACGUAGACAAGGUUAAAAUCAUUGAAUCUAAUCUUUUUAAUAUUUUGGAUGGGUUCCUUUGGCUUCAAGUUAAGCAUAUGAUUGGGACGUAACGAAGAAGAUGCAUGUGUUGACCAUGAUCCAUGAAGGAGUUGUGUUGGACUUGUCUAUCAUCUCUAUACAAAUCUUCCCCUAUAUAUAUGAAAGAAAUGUCAUCUUGCUUC